AUGAAGCUGGCGCCCUCGCUGCUUGGCGUGCUCACGGGCCUCCUUCUUGCAGUGGUGCACGUGCCCGGGAAUGCGGAGCGCAACGCCCAGCCCUUCUGCUGCAAGGUCACCGGCUGCGCCAUGCUUCUUGGCCUGUGCACCUACAUUGUCGAGUUCCAGUGGCACUGGCUCUACACACCAGACUGCAACAGUGGGGGCAUCAGACAUCGGUGGCUGAGCCUCCUAGACUGUGCCGGAAUGGUGAUUCUAGGGCUCUACUGCGCCGUGAAGCGCCACCCCACCUCCGGGUAUGUGUACGAUGCUCUGUGGUGCGUCUAUGGCUUCUCAGCGACCUCACUCCUCUACAUUGCCAUGGACAUCUACAUGGAGUGCGAUUGGCAGGACCUGAGCCAAUUGACCGCAGCCCUGGCAUUAACCACCGAGGCUGUGCUCUUUGGGUGGGUCGCGCGACUCUUCCAGGUAAGGAUGCAGUCGGCCGGGGACGACAGCUUGACCAGUUCCAAUGCCUGGGUGUACACAAUGGUGAUUACCUUUCAAGGCAACGUCGAGCUGGUUUUGAUCGAGUCAUUCGUGCGGCGGGACUUUAGGGCCUUUGUGGUACUGCACAUCGCCUCGAUUGCUUUCAAGAUGAUGUUCUUGGUCAUCUGGAUAUCCUACACCUGCUUGAUGGUCAGGAGCCUCUGCCACAGCUCACGCGUCUUGCGCCUGGAACGCCGGCGGACGAGGGGCGUAGCACGGCAGCAGGCGCACUGGGCCACGCGCAUCGUUCGUAUGGAGAUUGUGGUCUCGCUGCUGAUUGGCCUCACAACUUUUGCCACUUGGCUGGUUGCGGUGUCGUUCAGCAUUGCCGACAUGUGCUGCAUCAGUGACGAGGAGACUGCUCGCUGGUGGGGUCGCGUGAGGACGCUUCUCCACCGCUGUGACGUGAUGGUCAAUGCAGUCGGCGUCGCACUGCUGUCCGGCGUCCUGUGGCGGGCUCCUCUGCCCCAGGCCAACGACCUGGUGAAGGUCGAGGAGAGGUCGAGGAUACGAUCUGGCAGCAGCUUUUCGUAUCUCGAGGACAGCCACGAAUACGGAGCCAAAGCGGCGGAGCUGGCUGGACGAGGCUUUCACCUCCACUCACUGCUCGACUUCUGGGGCUUGCUUCUCGAGGGAGCCGUGAUGCCUGGGUUCUGCCCCGAGCGCUCGACAACCUGUGACGUCGUCCGAGGGGCUAUAAUCCCUCUGUCGCGCACGGGUACUCGAGGCUUUGCCCUUUCCAGCAAAUGGAAUCGUGGGGAGGCCCUGGUGCCGCAGCACAUGGUGACGCAUGCUUGGUCAAACACCUUUGCCAACUUGUCGGCCGCCAUCGUGGCAGAUGCCCUCGGCCAGGAGACCUAUGGUGACCUUGUGCAGCGCCUCGGCACGAAGACGGGGCUGGCGGGGAUCGUGUCAGAACUGCCGGCCGAGAAGCUGGAUUCGACUUACUGGGUCUGCGCAUUCUCCAUCAACCAGCAUGCCACCAUUUGCCACAGCUUCGGGCCGAGCCCCGCCAACACGGCCGGCGACGCGUGGCUCGCCUGGGACCGGAAGACGCGCGACUCUGUCACGGGCGAGCGCUAUCCUUUGUGCUCCUGCCUCGAGCCCAAAACGUCUCACGACUUUGUGGCCUGUGAGGUGAACAAAUUCGACAGCACCAUGUUCCUGCUGACGCGAAAGGUCGCCGGCGUGGCCCAGGUGGUCGUCGUGGAUCCGCACUUCGACGUGCUCUACAGGGCCUGGUGCGUGGCCGAGAUCGUUGAGGGAAACAUUCUUGGCAUCCCGGCCCGCAUCGCGGUCUUCUCAAAGGAUGCGGUGGAUGAGAACUACGAGCGGCUCUUGUUGCUGGACGUCCGCGACUGCGAAGCCUCCGUACAGAGGGACAAGGACAUGAUCCUUUCCAAGAUUGCCGACGUCGAUGUCUUCAACCUCAGGCUUCAGCAGCUGGUUUUCAGCGCGCAGGGCCUCUUUGGCGGUUGGCUGGAUGGUAUCGAGCGCUCCAAACACGUCGCAGCCAUUGUCAAGCGAUCAACGUUGUCCCUUGAGAUGGCACAGAAGAGCAUGCCGAUGAUCUGUUGCUUCCGGGGCUCCCUGGGCAGCGACUCGGAAUCCGUGAGCUCAGAGAGCGAUGCAUCUUGCAGCAGCGUGUGA